AUGUCGUCUCUUAGCGACUUCGUCGACUUCAGCCAGCCCAGCUUGAAAGUUGCGGCAGCCGCAAUCGCUUUCAAUCCUAUUUUUUGGAAUGUGGUUGCGCGACAAGAGUACCGCAAUCACUUUUUAACUCGAAUAUUUGGCAGUCCAUACUAUGGAUGCUACUUUCUCGGGGCGGUUAUCUUUUCGAUAGGAAUAUUCCGUGACCAUCUCUACAGCCAGGCUCUCAAAGAUCAACCGUAUUUUGCCCCUAUUCACCAGCCAUAUUUAGCAUAUGGAUUGUUUGCCGUGGGAAACACCCUGGUGCUCUCGAGUAUGUGGGCUUUAGGGGUCACGGGUACGUAUUUGGGUGACUACUUCGGAAUUUUGAUGGAUGCGCCGGUCACUGGAUUCCCAUUCAACGUAUCCAGUGCCCCGAUGUACUGGGGCAGUACGAUGAGUUUCUUGGCUGUUGCACUCUAUUUCGGCAAAGUUGCCGGUCUAGUAUUGACCGCGGAGGUGUUUAUCGUGUAUUGGUUUGCCUUGAAAUGGGAAGACCCUUUCACUGCCGAGAUCUAUGCAAAGCGCGAACGUGACCGGGCGAAGUCUGGAAAAGCAAGCAAGCGGCUCUGA